UUAAACCUCGCUCAUAAAUCACUUCCUCUUAGGCCGCCAUCAUUCAUAGCAAUGGCGGACAAGAAGAGAAAAACCCCUGAGACAACCAAUCACAGAGCGAAGUCUCACAAGAACCAGAAGAAAAACUCCAAGAAGGUCGGCGGCGGCGAGAUGAAAAGGAAAAGGAGUGGUCCACGGUUGCCUAAUUCGAUGCGAAAAGAACUGGACCGCCUAAAUAGAACCAGUUCGAUGAACAAUAGUGAUGACGAAGACAUAGAUUCUUAUGAAGGCAAUGAUUUUUACGAGUACGAAGAACCUCUGCCUCAAGAAGAGUCGAAGAAGAACCGCCGUUACGAUUCAGUCGAUAAUUAUGAAUACCAGCUGCCUGAAAACUUUAAGGAUGAGAAUGUGCUAUCGGAUGAUGAUGAUGAUGAUGAAAACGACUAUAAUGGCAGUGAUGAUGGGGCUAGUAGGAUUGAAAAUACCCGUGGUAGGACAGGAAGUUCAAAGCAACUUGGCGAUGAGGUUGAAGAUGAAGAUGAUGAAAGGCACUUGAGGAUGUUGCAAGGGAUCACUGGAAUGCCAAGUGAGGUUUUUGAAGGCAAGAAGACGAAGAAGAAAAACAUAGUUAUAUCUGAAGCAUAUACAGAGUCUGAAUUUAAUCCAAGUAGAGAUGUUUUAGAUGGCAAUAGUCAAAUUACCAUUGAAGAUCUGCUAGAACCUCUUCAAGGAAAAGCUGGAUAUAGUAAACUUAGAAAGAGAAUGCAUCAAAUGGAUAAAAAGUCUGUAUCCAUUCAGGCGCCACUACCAAAGGUAGAACGAGAAAAGUUGGAGAGAAAGGCAGUGUAUGAACAUUCAAAGAAAGAUAUUACCAAGUGGGAGCCUUUAGUGAAGAUGAAUAGGGAGGCCCCUACUAUUAUUUUUGAAGAAGAUACAAACUUAGGGUUUUCAACUGUAGGAGCAAUAGCUUCUGGAUUUGAACCUAGAACUGAGUUUGAGAAGAAAAUGGCAUCAUUAGUCAAUGAUGAAAAGGUUGUGGAAGCUCAUAAAGAAGAUGGUGCUAGGCUUCUUGAAAUGAAUAAGGUUUCUGUUGAAGACUAUUUAGAGGACCGGAAUCAUAUAGCUAAAAUGCGAAGCCUUCUUUUUCGUCAUGAGAUGAAGAGCAAACGUAUCAAGAAAAUUAAGUCAAAAACAUAUCAUCGUUUGUUGAAGAAAGAUAGAUUAAAAGGAGCAUCUGCUGAAUUUCUGAUGGAUCCAGAAGCAGCAAAAGAAGAGGCAAGGAAGCAAGAAUUCAAACGAGCUGAGGAGCGUAUGACUUUAAAGCACAAAAACAGUUCGAAGUGGGCUAAGCGCAUAUUAAAGCGUGGCCUGAAUGCUCAAGAUGAAGGCACUCGAGCUGCAUUAGCCGAACAGCUCCACCAACAUGCUCUUUUGACUAGAAAAAUGAACUCUAUGAAGGAUAGUAGCAGUAGUAGUGGCAGUGGCAGUGAUGAGGAAGAUGUCGAUAGAAACUCUGCUGAUUCAGAAGAGGAUGGGGCAUCCAAUUUGUUUGCUAAAGCAAAAGAGAAGACACUCAAAGUAUUAGAAGAAGAAGAUGAAGUGCCUAAUUCUGGAGUGCUUUCAUUACCUUUCAUGAUGCGUGGGAUGAAAAAAAGGAAGGAAGAAGCUAUUGAAGAAGCCAAGCUUGCUCUUCAAGAAUAUGAAUCAUCAUUGAAGGAGUUGGAGGGUACAGUUGAGGAAGAAAAUUCAAAAGUAGGUGUUACAAGUGGUAGAAGGAUCUUUGGUGCUGCUCAAAAGGAGGUUCCAGAACCAAACCAUAAGAUCAAAACAGAUAACUAUUAUGGUAAUAGUGAUAGCGAAGAUGACCUGGAGCCUGAAGAAAAUUUAGUUGUUGGUAAUAGGAAAAAGAAUGAUUUGCAGAAGGAUGUUAGCAUUGAUUCUGCCUUACUUAACGAAGGUCUUGAGAGUCAUCAGGAUUCCGUGUUUAAGAGCUUUGAUGAAGUUGUUAGAGACCCAGGUCCAAAGACAUCCCAUGAUGUUUCUAUUUUUGCAUCGGGCACAUGGAAAAAGAUGAAAAGUGGAAACACGAUGGACACUGAUGCCAAGAAGCCUAAAAAGGUUGUUGAACCUGUAUUGGAUGAUCAAAGUUUGGAGGUGGUGAAUGAGGAAAGUGAUACUGAUAGUGAUGAUGGCAAAGGAGAGAUGGUGGAUGGGAUUAUGUCUUCUGAACCUAAAGCAUCAUAUAAACUUCCUUCUCAAGAAGAACUUAUUCGUCUUGCUUUUGCGGGUGAUGAUGUAGAGGAAGAUUUUGAGAAGGAUAAAGAAAAGAUCCUGACCGAAGAGAAUCCUGUACCUGAAAAGCCUCAUCUACUUCCUGGUUGGGGACAAUGGACAAAUUUGCAGCAAAAGAAAGGCUUACCUUCCUGGAUGGUGGAAGAGCAUGAAAAUGCAAAGAAGAGGAGGGAAGAAGCUCUUAAAAAGAGGAAGGAUGCACGCCUCAAACAUGUCAUUAUCUCUGAGAAGUUGGAUAAAAAGGCGGAGAAAUUACAUACAAAAACCUUGCCUUACCCUUUCACAUCAAAGGAAGUUUUUGAGCGAAGCAUUCGUGUUCCUGUUGGACCUGAGUUCAAUCCAGCGACAGCCGUUGGAGCUCUUAACCAGCCAGAAGUGAAGAAGAAAUCUGGUAUCAUUAUAAAACCAAUCAAGUUCGAGGAAGUGAAUCCUCACGAAAAAACAGAGGAGCACAAGUCGCGUGGACAGAAACAAAAGAUGAACAAGAAUAAAAGUGAUGGUAGCAAAAGACCAAAAUCAAGGCCAGUGGUGGUAAAAAUCAUGAAUAGGUGAAGGUAAAUUGACCCAGAUUCUAAUGAAUACUGUCAUGUAUGAUUCAAUUUUGUUUUCUGUUAUUUGAAAGAUGGGUUUCUAAUAGAAUAUAUGCAUUGAUUGUAGAAAUUAAAGUGCCUCUGCACUGGCGUUUUUUCAAUCAUUAUGUAAUUUUCAGGUGGCUGGAAAUCGAUAAUUGAGGUUGUAAUUCCAAUUUACGGUAGCUGAUAUAUAAAUUUUUUGAGAUAGUGGCAUAAAUA